CAGAGCUUGCCUCUCGGACAGACAGCCUUCCUUCACACAUCUCUGCUGGUAUAUCAGAAUAAAAAUGUCAGACAAUGAAGAAGUCGAGGAGUACGAGGAGCAGGAGGAGGCUCAUGGGGAGGAAGCAGGAGAACAGGAAGAGACCACCCAGGAACACGAUGGUGAAGAAGACACCGAAGAUGGAGGAGAAGAGGCGAAACCCAAAAUCCUAAAACCAUUUAUGUUACCGAACCUGGUGCCCCCAAAGAUUCCAGACGGAGAAAGAGUUGAUUUUGAUGAUAUCCAUCGUAAACGUAUGGAGAAAGACCUGAAUGAGCUCCAGACGCUGAUUGAAGCUCACUUUGAAAGCCGUAAGAAGGAGGAGGAGGAACUCAUCAGUCUUAAAGAUAGGAUUGAGAAGCGGCGCUCCGAGCGAGCAGAGCAGCAAAGGAUCCGCAGCGAACGCGAGAGGGAACGACAGAAGCGUUUGGAGGAGGAAAGAGCUCGCAAGGAGGAAGAGGAAGCCAAAAAGAGAGCGGAGGAUGACGCCAAGAAGAAGAAGACGCUCACCAGUCUGCACUUCGGUGGUUACAUGCAGAAGAUAGAGAGACGGAGUGGAAAGAAACAGACUGAGAGAGAGAAGAAGAAGAAGAUUCUUAGUGAUCACCGCAAACCUUUGGACAUCGACAAUGCCAGCGACUCUGCUCUCAGGGAGAAAACAAAGGAACUGUGGAGCUGGAUGCGUCAACUAGAAGCCGAGAAGUUUGAGUUACAGUACCAGUUUACCAAACAGAAAUAUGAGAUCAAUGUCCUGAGGAACAGAGUCAGUGACCACCAGAAAACGUCAAAGAGAACCAAGAGGGGCCUCAGGAAGUGAAUGCUGUGUGGAAAGACAAACUCGACUCCGCACAAACCCACAGAGAUCAUGUCCAGGAGAGCUGCUUAUACUACUUUACAGAUUCUGUUGCUUUUAUUUAGUCCUCACUGAAUAAACACUGUAGAUUUUGACUGAACAACUGAACAAAACGAAUAAAAA